AUGGAUCAGGUCCUCAGAGAAGAUCACGAGGGUGUUGCUGUUUAUGUGGCUCCAUCGAAAGCGCUUGUCAAUCAGGUGAGUGCAGAAAUCUACGCGCGCUUUGGAAGUAAGAUAUUCCCGGCCCACUCCAAGCAUGAACUGUUGGGAGUUUUUCUCAAGGAGUUCAAUACAGCCGGAGGUGUCGCGGAGGCUGGCAAGUGGAAGCAGUGCCAGGUGCUCGUCACCAUUCCGCACAUCCUCGAGAUGCUGCUGCUUUCAGCGGAGAACCAGGACUGGGUGGCUAGACUGCGGUACGUGGUCUUCGACGAGGUGCACUGCAUCGGGGAGCAAGAAGGUGGAGAGCAGUGGGAGCAUUGCAUGCAGUUGAUUCCAUGCCCUUUCAUCGCCCUCAGCGCAACGGUGUCCGAUCCGAGCUUCUUUCACAACUGGCUGAGCCGGGUAAAUGAGCUGAAGAAGACCUCCAAGGUAAGCAUUGUGGAGCAUCGUGAGCGAUGGAAUGAUCUGUACAAAUAUGUUUGGGUCGGAGGAAAGCUGAGGCCGCUGCAUCCUUUCUGCUGCUUCGUUGAGAGCUCGCUGCGCCGAAACGGAAUCUCGUCCGACCUGAGCCUCGUACCAAGGGAGAUGGUGCAACUACACCAAGAGGUCCAAAGAAUUAUCGGCGUGAACGACAAGUGGGACAGGCUGUCUCCGGCAAAAUAUUUUGCGGGUCAAGCGUUUGCUACGAAAAUCGAUGCGAGGGGGUAUGAAAGGGAGUUGAAGGAAGCGUUCUUGCAGCUGCUUCACGAUGAUGUACUCGGCACCGAGGGCUUCUCAAAGCUCACCAUGGCCCUGCAGCAGCCCGCAGGGCUUGAAAGCUUCAAGCCGCCACCUCGGACGGAGACCGACGAGGUGGACCUCACGAAGUUGGUGAAGGAAACUUCCUACCUGCAGGCUUCGACCCUCUUCAAGCUCUGCAAGGAUCUUGACCAAAAAGAUAUCAUGCCAGCGAUCAUCUUCAAUUUCUCCAGGAAAGAGAUCGAACGAAUGCUCAAGAAGCUCGUUGAGGAGCUGGAGAAACUCCAAUACAACAAGUACUGGGGUGAUGAGGAGGCGAAGAUCAGAACCAGAAAGAUCAAUGACAAGCGAAAAGCAGAUUAUGACCAGAAGAAAACUGCAUUCGAUGAGGCUCAGAAGAUGCGAGCUAGCGCGAAGCAAGAAGGAACUGCUGCUCGAAAGUCUGGCGAGAUAGAAGGCCGCGGAGGAAGAAAGGCUGAAGCUGUGGACAUAUCAGAGGACCUCAUGCUGCAAGAACCAAAAGAGCCGAAGGACAUCUCUGAAGAAAUCGACCCAGAGUUCACCUUUCACUCGGCACGAGCCCUCGGCGUUUGGCAGGAGGACAUCGACGAAGUAAUCAACGACGCCAAGAAGAAGGGCGGCGCUGAGAAUUGGAUGGUCGAGGGUCUCAGGAGAGGACUCGGUAUCCAUCACGAGGGCCUGAAGAAGGGCUAUAGAGAUGCUGUGGAAAUUCUUUUCCGUCGUGGGUACUUGCGAGUUGUGUUUGCCACCGGCACUUUGGCGCUCGGCAUCAACAUGCCGUGCCGAUCGACGAUCUUCUGUGGAGACUCUCUGGAGCUGACUGGACUGAUGUACCGGCAAAUGAGUGGUCGAGCAGGGAGGCGAGGCUUCGACCUGCUCGGGCAAGUGAUUUUCCUGGACAAGCCAUUCACGAAGAUCCAACGGCUCAUCACGUCAGAUCUGUCGAGCUUGGCUGGUGAAUUCACGCUUUCUCCAACAAUUCUUCUGAGGGCACUGCACGAGUACGAGAGAAUGCUGGAGCUCAAGGAGGAAGGCACCUUGGGCAGAACUCUUGAAGACAUCACUCGGUGUCUGGCGCCUGUGUUCGAGCUGCCGUUCUUUCAAAGCAAAACCGCUGAGCUGAAGACCCAAGUAGCCUUUCACACGCGGUUCACCUUAGAGCUUCUGUACAGAGAAGGACACAUUGCGCGGGACGGCUCGACAAGGAACUUGGCGAAUCUGUGUACACAUCUCUUCGAGGCUGAGCCGGCCAACCUCGUGCUUUCCAGGCUCCUCUGCAGUGGAGUUCUGCACGAGUAUCUGGCCGAGGAGGCUCCCAAGAUGCUCAAGGGCGACCGACGGACGCACCUCACCGUGAAGCUCGUCUCUGUGUUGGGCUGGAUCUUUUUUCGACGAAGGCUGCCGCCCAGCAUUCCGAAGGAGCGGAUUCCAAGAAAGAAGAACCUACCUUCGGAGGGAUGUCCUCGCCUUCCUCCACUGCCGUCGAGGAUAAAGAAGGAGAUUCAGAGAUACAACAGCCAGCUCUUUGAAGUCUUCCAGGAUUUUGCCUGGACAGUGGCGAUGACCAGGAAGCACGGGCAGAUUGACCUGACACUACCUGCAAGUGGAAGGUGUUUUCCCGUGGGCUUGGACGAAAGGGGGGAUCCGUUUGAAAAGAAGAGCGGCCUAGGAAAUGCACUUUUCAAGCAGGUCGUGAAGUACAAGUCACGCUCACCCUUCUCGGCUUUAUCUGGCGCUGGUGACUUCUACCUGACACCCUCGGACCUGUCCAAGAACUGCAGGAACGUCCUGCACUUGGACUUGAACGCCAUCCCAACAGUGGCCUGCCCGCCGACCGGUGCGGAUGCCAAUCGGGAGCUAGAGGCGACGAAUAGCUGGAUCCUGGACUACAUGAUCCAUGGACAGCGGAAGUAUCUUUGGGAGGACAACGGCCUCAAUGCCACACGCGCAUGGAAGCUGAUUGAUGAGUUCGUGCAAACUUUGAAGAAGGCAGUGAAAGUAAUGAAGGCUUUCGCGAAAGAGGAUGACAUCGUGCUGACCACCAUGACUCAGCUUGCCAAGGAAAUGGAAGUCUUCCACAAGAAGGCAUAA